AUGAGCAAUAGACAGCACAGUGCAAAACUAUCCCAUUCCACGUUACCUAUGAGUGGGUAUUCAUCCAGUAAAAACAUAAAACUAGAAAAAGUAGACCAACAGAAAACUUGUCAAAAACAGCCUAUAGUUUUAUUGCACUGCACUCCAUCUCAACAAAAGCCAUCUGCUCAACCAACACGACCAACGACUACUUUAUCGAGAUUUUCCUCCCAAGUCUACACUCACCCUUCACACACAUCAACCCGACUCGAUACCUCGGAAAUACCUGCUUCGACUCAAAAAAAUAGAGCCAUUAGAUUUCCAUCCAAAGUUCCAGCUUGUUCGUCUUUGGCCAAACUCGACCCGAACCAUAUAGAUGAUGAACUCGCUUUGCGCGAGUUUCUCGACACGCGUGGAGUUUUUGCAAAUGAUAUUCAUCAAGCAUUUGAGCUACUCAGUCGAGACGGACAUAAAAUCACAUCAGGAGAUGUAAAACAAUUUAUGCAAGCUGAUUUCUCUAAUAGUGAUAGUAUGGAAGAAGAAAUAGGUAAACUGAUUAAUGGAUGGAAAGAUGCUCAAACUCGCGAUCAAAUCACCCAUAUAUUGAUGAAUCGUGGCAUGUCAAGUAUUCCUUGGACAGAAGCGUUUUCAUGGUUCCAACCAGGCGAUCAAGGCUUGGAUAGAAAUGCUUUAUUAAAAUUAGCAAAACAGUUUAGCAGGCAUGGCAUGCCAAUCAAACACUCUGAUCAAAUUCUUUUACAGUUGUUUGAUAGGGAUGGCGAUGAAUGUAUUGGACUAGAAGAUUUUAAGCGCAUGACGUUUCGAACCUGUGCUAAAUCCAUUCUACUAGUUUGUACUUUUUCGCUUUUUUCACUUCCCUACGCAACAAUCAAAUGUCUGCAAGAAAGCCGCUGGAAAUCAGAGCAUCUGGGUGGAAACGCUGAAGUCAUUCAAACUGCUGUCAAGGAAUACUUUCUCAUUCAACACUGCAAGGCUGGUCUUGACGCAGAUCUCUUUGAUAUUACAUUUUCUCCAAAAAAGAGCGGAAUCCAAACUGGAUUCACUUGUAAUGUCAACAAUGGAACUCAAAGUGUUUGCUACUACAUCAAGACACAUCAAUACGGACCAACAAAAGACAAUAUAAAAAGUAUCAAACCACCAGAUACAAAGGAGUUGUUUGUCUACAAGAUUCUGCAUCAUAUUGGAAUUGGUCCUCAAGCUCAUUUUAUCAUCCCAUCUCGCGGCACCAAAAAGACUAUCUACAUUGCGACCAAGGAUUGUCAUUUGGUCUUAUUGUCCAGCUUGACCAAGGAUACAGCAAACAACAAUGCUCUACUUCAAUUGGAUCUGAUAUCUCGCAUCCUCUGUCUUCGUGAUUGUGCUGACAACACUUCAAACUGUGGUCAAGUCGGUGAAAACCCAAUGAUUGUUGACUUUCGUAUUGAAAAGCAGUCGCAGGGUUAUGCCAAACUCGAUAUCCUGGACAAAUUCUACGAAGGAAACGGUGAAUUUCACUAUUCUGGAUUGAUGGAAAUCGCAAUCAAAACUCCAAAAGCUGUCAAGAUGGAUAUCAUGAACAAGUCACUGCAGGAGUGGAAGUUGUUGGAGAAUAUCGAACGAGCUGAAUCAGAGAUCAAUGGGUUGAUUAAAAGAUAUGAUGGCAAGAUGAAAUUUGAAAACGAUUUACAACGAUAUGUUCAGGAUCUCAAAACAACAGUUGCAGUUCUUAUGAAAUCUUGA